AACUUCAUUUAAGGGACUUUAGUUUUGAAGAGUUAACCAGGACAUGGGAAAGUUUUGCAUACUGAUCGAGUUUAUUUACUAGAACAUGCCGUUUAAUUUAAAAGAAAAUAUGCUUCAGGAAUUAAAACUGUAAAGAAAGCGAGAUUUCACCAUAGAUGUAAAAAGAUUUAACCGGCAGUAAAUAAAGUUAAUAAGUAAAUCUUCACACGUUCCCAAGAAGGUGUGUCCUGUUGGUAUGGAGACGCGUCACUGGGCAACGCGUCCGUGAGUCUAUCAAAUGGUGAAGCGUGAUUGUGGAAAAAGCGUGUCCCGGAACAAAUACGAAAUACGAAAAUAGCAGGUAGCAUUGUAGCAUCCAGCAUUUUCCACUUUCUGUUGCCUUUUUAUGCCGUAAACCACGGAAAAUAAAGCAGCUUGUCUCGGGACUAAAGCUUCCGAUACUCGCUUCAACAGCUCCGCUUCUAGUGAGUAAACGAAGAUUUACAAGUCUCUGUUUUUUCAGUUUAUAGUUAACUUGUCUUAAGGAUCGUAAUUGUACAUUAAUUUUUCCACGUUAAUGGUCUUGCAGUAAGAGACAGGAUUCGUCUAAGAAGCAUUUUAUCCGUCGGCACAAUCACCUUACUAGCCUGCACAGACCUAUUCAUCAGCAGUGUGUGUGACUGUAUACAUCAUGCCUGAAGACAAAAACUGUAAGCUGCUGCAGCCAUCCAGGAGCUCUGACAAUAAAAAGAAGAAGAAUAAGAAGAAGAAGAGAAAGAAAGCCAAGGCUUCCACUACUCCUCCAGAUAAUACAGACAAACCUCAGGUUGUAUCUUUGCCCCCCGGGACCUCGCCAGUGUCCCUGCAGCCCCCACUGAGUCCAGGUCAGCCUCGAGCCCAGUUGCCCAAGCUCAGCGCUACCAGUAAGAAGGACGGAGAUCAGCUCACUGGCAGCGCCAGGAAGAGCAAAAAACACCCCAAGGGUUCCCCGGCCCUGCUUACAGCUACUAACAAAACCAGUGGCAGUGGAGAGCUCGGCGCCCAGGCCAGGGAGAGCCUGAGGUGGGAGGGAGUGCUGGACGACCCCCAGGCUGAGGAGAAGAGGCUGGAGCUGUACAGGGCCAACAGGCGGCAGCGUUACAUUGCACACAGAGAUGCUCUGUUAAAAGAACCCCAGGGUGCCUUGAGACCGACUUUUCCUCAAGGAGAGCAAAGAGAAAAAGGCUUUAACUGAAUCUGACCCACAGGAGUCAGUACUGCAUUUAAGCACAGACUGAAUCAAAGAAGCAGAUGGGAGCCUUAUGAGGUUCAUCUCAGUGAGGCACAGAGUGAAGAUCUUUGGAUGCCGUUAAGACGUUGGACUAAAGAGAAACUGAGCAUGUUUCCAAUUCAAUACCCUUUAAAGCACCAGAUAGAAAUACUUUCUGUCAGGUACAAAACCAACACGUAACCACAGUGCCACGACUGUCCGUGAACGAAGGACAGGACCUGCUCCUGGUCAAUGAGCCUGUUAAAAACUUAAUAGAGGAUUUGCACAGUUUAACUUCUGCAUCUAAAUUAUGCAACACUUACAGAAAAGACCCAAAGUUGACCUUUCAAGAUUGAAACCCAAUCAGGAUAAUACCACUAAACCCCCCUCACAUCUGCGUGAGGUAGAGGAGGGUUAAAUGGAUAGGGGUCACAUUACUUUUUCCCCUCCUACAUUGUAAGAACUUUAAAAUACAGGUUAGCAGUUGUUUUUUGUUUUUGUUUUUUUUUAAUACAAAAAUACCCAGAAAGCCAUCAACCAGAGUGAUCUAACAAAAAAUGAAAUGUGACUGCUGUAACACUGUGUUACUAUGCUGUCACACUGUCUAAUAAAAUGUGUUCAAAAUCUCUAUCUGUUAAGCAUGGUGGCUGACCUUUUGUACUAGUGGUCUAAUAUGCAAAAUCCUCAAUCUAGCCAUGUAUCUACCCCUCUCUCUUUCUGAUUAUUUCUUGCUGCUCUAUACAGUUCUCUACAUAAUGCUAAUGCUAAAAGAUACUUUAAAAAGCUACAUCUUCAAAAGGAGCUAAAAUGUAAAUCUUAGAAACACUACCACUGCUGGACGAUCAGUCAAUGAAUGCAAAAAUAUACAGUACUGUUGUGCCUGUGAUUUUUUUUUAAUGUAU